AUGAAUAUCAUAUAUACUUCUACUAUUUUGGUAAUAUCAUUGUCACUUUUGUAUACCUCACGUAUAUUUACAGUAAUUAACAUAAUUGCUAUUGUUUUUGGAGCAUUUGCAUCUUUUUUAACACUUUUAAUAUCUGCAAUUGUAUGGAAAAUUGGAUCAAUUUUUUCAGAUAAUAUAUAUUUAUACGCAAUAUUAGCAAUUGUUUUUCAAGAAAUUACAAGAGCUGUACUAUACUAUAUUUUUCUUUAUGGUGAAGAACAAAUAUUAAAAUUAGAAUCAAAAAAGAAUACUAUUAAAGAACAUUCAACACCAAUGUAUAAAAAUCUUUUAGAAAUUAGUAUUGCUACUGGAAUUGGAAUGGGAUUAACAUAUCAAGUAUUUUCAAUGUUUGGCCGAUCUGCUUUUGGAUCUUCCAAUAAUUCUUCAAGCCCUUUUGGGACUAAUACAGGAUUUGGAAGUAACCAAAAUAAGUCUGCUUUUGGUUCACCUAGUACUAGUACAUCCUCAUCGUUUUUUGGACAACAGAAUAAACCUCAGUCGUUAUUUGGAUCAUCAAAUUCUGCCGGUCUUUUUGGUUCUCCAAAUACAGGAGGAACUGCGUUUGGAACAGGAAACACUGGAAAUUCAAUUUUUGGUUCUAAUAAUCCAGCAACGAAAAGCGGAGGGAUUUUUGGUAAUUCAAAUACUAACACUGGUUCUUCUAUUUUUGGAUCAAACACUAACAAACCUUCUGGUGGUCUUUUUUCAAGUGGCUUUGGUUCAACAACAGCAACUCAAGCUGUUGUUGGUUCAACAGUUAAAUUCGAACCAUUAACGUUAUCAGAUUUGAUGUUAAAAAAUGGAAAAAGUGAAAGUAUACAGGCUAAAUUAAUGUGCCUUACUGCAAUGAAGCAAUAUGAAGCAAAAUCUAUUGAAGAAAUUCGUGUUGAAGAUUAUUUAGCAAAUCGUAAAGGUCCACAAGCAACUUCAACAACUGGUUUCUUCGGUUCAACAACAUCAAAUACCAGUGGUGGACUUUUUGGUAAUACGAAUAAUACUCAAAAUACAGGAAUUUUUGGCACUUCAACAACACAAAAACCAAGUUUGUUUGGUUCAACGACGCAAAAUACUAAUUCUGCUUUUGGAAGCACCAAUCAAACUACUAGUGGAGGAUUAUUUGGAAAUAAUACAAAUACAACGAAUACUACAGGAGGAGGUCUUUUUGGAUCGCAGCCAGCAUCUACAGGACUUUUUGGUUCUUCGAAUACCUCAGCACAACCUACAUUUGGAUCACCAAGUACAACCAGUGGAGGGUUAUUUGGUAACAAACCAGCUUCUACAGGGUUUGGUACAUCAACAAAUACUGGGACAUCUUUGUUUGGAACUCCAGCUACUAGUAAUACUGCAUUUGGAACUAAUACUGGAACAUCAACUUUUGGUUUUGGAGCCACAGCAACUACUCAACAAUCAAAUACAGGAUUUUCUUUUGGAAAUACAACUACAGCAACAAAUGCUGGGUCAUCAAUUUUUGGUUCAAAGCCUACUGGAACAACAAGUGGUUUUGGAACUUUUGGUAGUACAGGAACUGGAUUUAGUUCUACAACAGCUGCACCAAAUUCUAAUAGUAUAUUUGGUAAUACAACAGCAAAUAAACCUUUAUUCGGAUCUACAUCAACUAGUACAACAACUGGCGGAGGUUUGUUUGGUCAAACACCUGCACAGACUACAAGUUUAUUUGGUUCUACUCAACCAACUCAACCUACUACUGGGUUUGGAAACCAACAAAUGCCAAGUACAACCCCACAAGCAGCAGUUUCAACUCAAGUUGUACAUCAGCCAAUAAUUAUUGGUAGUGAUGUUAAUCAAACUGCAAUUCAACAUGCUUUAAUUGAUGCACAAAUAGCUGCUAGCCCUUAUGGAUGUUCCCCACUAUUAAAACUAUCAUAUGAUAAAAAAGAAAAUAAAGGUAAAGAUGAUAUUCAAGUUACUUCUCCAUUUUCUAAACAACGACAAAUGAAAUUCUUAGCAAGCAAAACUGUUGAUCCUGCUGGAACUAUUAGUUUAGCUCCUGUAAACAAGGCUUUAGCUGCUCCAUCAAAUCAUAAAUUAAGUAAUUCAGGUGUAGGUGGAUUACAAUAUAAAAGUUUUUAUUCACCAAAAAGUGGAAAUGACUCUUUAAUAUACAAAGAUAAAUCUUUCAGUCGAGUUAAUCCAUUGGCAAAUGCAUCUUCAGUAUCAAGCACAGGUGAAUUAAAUAUGUCAGUGAAUAGUGCUAAUGUAUCAUCAAUUGCAAAUCAUUCAUUAUUAAACAAAUUUUCAAAUUCUAAAAAUUUAAGCAUGAAACAAGUAGAUCCAGGUCUUAUGCAAACACUUUUAAAAUCUACACCAGGACGAGGAAAAAAUCCUGAAAAUGGUUAUGAAACUCCUAAUACAAAAAAUGUUGGAGUUGUCAAAAGGGCACCAUUAUCUCACAGUACACCUCAUGAAAAAAAUAAAAUUAACGAAAGUGAAAAAGCUGAUAGUGAGGAUGCUUCUAUUAUAAGUAACAAAAAUAAUAUAUCAGCUGAUGCUGGGAACAGUUCUUUAAGUGUUUCUGAAAAUGAACCUCCUGCUGGUAUCCAAGUAUCUUCUGGACAUUAUUAUCUUAGACCAGCUAUUGAGGAAAUGAGGAAGCUUGUUGAAAAUGGAAAAGUUCAAUUGAAAAAAGGUCUGCUUAUUUCUCGUCAAGGUUAUGGUAGUGUUUAUUGGCCUGGUCCUUUUGAACUUUCAAAUAUUGUUAUUGAUGAUGUUGUUGUUUUUAAACGUAGAGAAGUCACUGUUUAUCCAGAUGACGAAAAUAAACCUCCACUUGGUGAAGGUCUUAAUCGACCGGCUGAAAUUUCUCUUGAGUGUGUUUGGCCUGUUGAUCCAGAUACAAAAGAAUAUAUUCAAGAUGUUGAACGCUUAGAAGAAUUAAACUUUAGGGAUCGGUUAGAAAGGAUUUCUCUUAAGAAUGAUUCAAUUUUCUUAGACUAUAAACCUUCAACUGGCACAUGGACAUUUAAGGUUAAACAUUUUUCUAAAUAUGGAUUUGAUGAUGCUGAUGAGAACGAAGCUCCUAUAGAUUCUACAGUUGUUAUUCAACAAAAACAAACAUUGAAAAGGGAUAACAAAAUUGCGGUUACUCCAUUGGGACGAUCAGUAAACGAUGUCAGUAUGGAAGAUAUAUCUUCUAUUCAGAUGGCUACAGAUUGUAGUUCAUUAUAUUGUGAUGUUGAUGGCAAUGAUGAUUUUCAAUUUAUGAAUAACGAACAUAGUUUUAUUGAUUUUCAAAAUCCUGAUUUAAAAAAUAUAUCAUACUCUAGAGGUGGUUGUGAUAUUCUUAAAAAGAAAAUGAAGAUGGAUGAUCUUUUUAAUAUGAGUGCUUCAUUAAUCACUGGAAAUACUCCUUUUGUGGAUAAGCGUCUUGAAAAAAGUCUUAUUAUAUCGUUACCUAUUUCAAAAAAAGUUGUUGAAUUAAAAGAAAGAAAGUCUAUUUGUAAAAUUCCUUUUUUUGUUGCUGAUAGUAGUUUGAAUUUGAAAAUGUUUGAAAAUAUACAUAUUGAUCUUAAUGUCUUUAACAUUAAAAAAUGUUCAUCAUCUUUAAAUAAUAAUUUUAUUUUUAUGAGAAAAAAUAAUUUUGACAUUGAACCAAUAAAUAUAGUUUCAGAGAUUACCCUUGAAAAACAAUGUAAAUUAUCAAGUAAAUUAUUGGAUGUUGACAGAUGUUUUACUGAAACUGAAUCAUUAAUGGAAUCUGAUAGUAAUGAUAGAACUGAAGUUAUGAAUACUAUAAAACUUUUAAUGGAAUAUAUAGAAGUAUUAAAUGAUAACAAAUCUAUUAUAAAUGAAGAAGAAAUUAGUAUAUACAAGUUUUUCAUUUCAUUUUUUUCUCCAGACAAUACAACAGAAAAUUUAAAACUAGAAGGAAUUUUGAAUUGGGUUGCAGAUGAAGCAAUUGCACUCAAUGGUUGUGAUACAUCAGAAAAUACAGGAUACAAGGUAAUUUUUGAAUACAUAUGUGUAGGAAAUGUUGAAAAAGCUUGUGAAGAGGCAAUUAAAAUGAAUGAUUUUGAAUUAGCAUCUUCUCUUGCAAACCAUGGAAUGAAUGAUGAUUUACAAUGCCAAAGCAAAAUAAUCCUUGAUUUAUGGGAUAUGUCCAAUAAUAACGCUAAUCAAGAUGAAUAUUUGUUUAAAAUUUACAUGAUUCUUGGAAAUGUUUAUGAACACAAAUUAAAUAAUAACAAAGUAAUCAGAUGGGAUUCGGGACUUCAUUGGAAGGUUGCUUUUGGAAUAGCCUUACUUUUUAUGUCCUCACAUAAAAAUACUAUUAAAGAGGUUGUCAAUGAAUUUUUAAAAAAUACAUCAUGUCAAAUUGAGAAAGACGACAUUAUAAUGUCCAUAAUCAAACUAUGCUGUGGCUUAGAAGAUAAUAGCACUUCUGUGGCUAAAGCACUUUUAACAUUUUCAAAUUACGAGGAUUAUCGUUUAUGCUGGCAUAUUAUGAAUGUUUUGGUAUCUCUAAUGAGUGACAAAGUUGAUGGUACAACUAUGAAUACAAUUCAUCUUUACUAUGCAGAACAACUUUUUCACUCUGCUUGUUACAAUGAUGCUUUCUUUGUUUUAGAACAUUUGUCUAAUAAUGACUUAAAGAAGAUUCAUGUUGAAAAUUAUAAACGCAGAAUGUCUAACCAUUUAUCAACAAUUUAA